UGAUUGUUGAAAAAGGGACUGUCUGUUGUUUAGUUUAUUUGUUUUUAGUGUUUCAGUGAUCGUAAUGAUAAAAUAUACCUGACAAAAAUGGAUGAACAAAACCUUUCUCGGACAACGGGGUUUGUACCGCAGCAAGUUGCUGGCUUAGAACUGCUCACCAGGUAUUCGAUGAAUACAGCUAGAGCAACCAGCGUGUCAUCAUCUAUGGUCGAAUUUAGGAUGAAAGAAAAGGAGCUGACUGGUGGUAGACAAUGGAAUUUGCAGUAUUUGCGGGAUCAGUUCUUUCAGAAAGGGUUAGAAAGAUUAUACAGAAAAUAUGAUGACAAAUUAAGAGAAUCACUUAUUUAUGUUUAUAUAGCUCUAUUGCUAACUUUCUCAACUGUACAUAUUAUUCUAGUUAUCGUCAGUACAUAUUCAGAGGAUAUUCAAUCACAAUCGACCUACUUAUCGAUGGGCAUGUAUGUUUUAAGAAUCACUAUACCAGUAUUAUCUCUGUGGAAAUGUUUCUACGACCCUAACCGGAAAAAAUGGUUCUGGAUGCCCAUCGUCGUGACGUUUAUUAUUAUUGUAGACCUUGUUGUUACUGAUAUCGCCGUACCAAUACACAGCAUGUCAGAAGGCAUCGCAUUACGGCCAGCGUACUCUACUAUGGCUCUAUUAUCUAUAUAUGUAUUCCUGCCUUUGAGGAAUAAUUAUCUAGUCAUCAUUUUAGGGGUGGUAGUUAGCACAGUAUAUGUCCUAAUCUACGCUUUCUUCACGUACUCUGACAAUCCUCAGAUCGGUGUUGUGAUCACAUCAGAUGUAAUCUACAUGAUAGGCGUUAAUUUAAUGGGUACAUACUUCAGACUAAUGAAUGAAAUAGUAACAAGAAGAUCCUUUCUCGAUAGACAAGCAUGCGUCGAAAGUACUUGGCGGCUCAAAUUCGUAAAGUCACAAGAGGAACGCCUCAUGUUGAGUAUAUUACCGGAGCAUAUUGUUUCUAAAGUUCGGCACGACAUCAGGUCAAUAUACCUGAGUUUACAGUCACACGAUCUCGUUCAUAAUAUCAAAUCGUUCAAUGAUAGAUAUGUAGAGGAACAUGAUAAUGUCAGUAUAUUAUAUGCAGAUGUCGUCAACUAUACCAGAAUUUCAACAACGUUGUCUGCAAUGAGAAUGGUUGAACUACUGAAUGAACUGUUUGGGAGAUUUGAUGAAGCUUCUGAGGAACAUGAUGUUCUUCGAAUAAAGUUUCUUGGCGACUGUUAUUACUGCGUUAGUGGCAUACCCAAACCUAGUGCACAACACGCAAAGAACUGCGUCGACCUAGGACUGGACAUGAUUCAUAUCAUCAAGGACGUAAGAGAAAAACGAGCGUUAAACAUUGAUAUGCGGAUAGGCGUACAUUCAGGAAGGAUUCUCAGUGGUUUAAUUGGGAUCAGAAAAUGGCAAUAUGAUAUUUGGUCUAAAGAUGCUACCAUAGCUAGCAAAAUGGAAUCGACAGGACAAGCUGGGAAAGUGCAUGUAACUAAACAGACUCUAGAACUGCUGCAGAGCGUUGAUAAUGAAUACGUAAUUGAACGUAAUUCUGCGUGUGAAAAUGAUUUAUUCAUAUCCAAAAAUAAACUGGAGACGUAUUUACUGUCAAGACGGCUAAUGCCUAUCGAGUCCAAAACCACUUUUCGUAGACCGUCAGUCGGUUUGAACAAAAUUAUUAUAAAAACAACGUCGAGACUAUCGGAAAGAAGAAAUCUAAACGCCAGGCGCACUACAUCGUUCAUUGAUGAAAACUUGGUAGAAUAUCAGCAGAUGCUAAAGGCAGCGGACGCCCAAAUGGAGAAAGAAAUUGAAGAUAUGACAAAUGGAAAAAAUCAAAUAACAAACGAAUCCAGGCUUAACAGAAUAACAAUGAUGUUCAAAAAUUUUGAAAUGGAGAAAUCUUUUCUACUGCAAGCAGAUCCUCUGUUCAAAUACUAUAUAGCAUGCUGUCUCCUCAUUCUUUUAUUAAUAUUUUUAAUCAAUGGAUUAACUACUAAAUGGUUCUAUGGCUACCACUGGUAUGUUUGGAGUCUUUUUGGAUUACUAAUACUAAUGUUGAUUGCCAUACAGCCCCUAACUUGGUUUCAUUUUGUGUGGUCGAACUAUAACGGCAUAGACGAACCAAAAAAUACAUAUGUACGUACUAUUUACGAUAUGUCGGUGGAUAUAGUAAAAUCUGCUAAAAUAAGAACAGCAAUGUAUAUAAUCAUCAGUGUAGGACUUGCUGCGAUGUCGAUCGUUAAUGUUCUGGGGUGCACCGAAGUAGAGGUUGAGCCUUCAGUGCUAACUGUGCUGUCAAACUGCGUUUCCACUUGGCACGUGACCCAGUGCUGGGGAUUGGCACUAUUGCUGAACUUUUUAUUUAGCAGAGUGUUUUUCAUCUUUAAAUGGAUUGUCGCCGGCGGUAUGACAACAUUCUACUUGUGGAUGGUGUGGGGAAUGAGAACAGAUCUAUUUGCUACAGAUGUCUCAUGGAACGUGGGACUUGAUCCUCGACUCUCACAUACAUUGUCUGUUGUAUUUAUCACUAUAACGCUGUAUUGGGUGGACAGAAUGACAGAAUUUAGAAACAGGUUAGAUUAUUUAUGGCAAGUACAACUUGGCGAGGAGCAGCAAGAAGCGGAAACAAUGUUGAAAGUCAAUAACAUGCUUUUAGAAAAUAUACUACCAGGACAUGUUGUACAAGUUUAUUUAAAUAUGAAUAGAUCAAUAGACGAAUUGUAUUACGAAAAGUAUGAUAAUGUAGCUGUCAUGUUCGCUUCGCUCACUGAUUACAAGUUGGGAGUAGAGGAUGAUGCUGAUUUGAGUGAUAAAACAGUCCUGGGAAUGCUGGAUAGUGUUAUAUCAGAUUUUGAUAGGUUACUACUGACUGGAUCAUCGGCUUACAAAGUAGAAAAAAUCAAAAUGGCUGGAUGGACUUACAUGGCCGCUUGUGGUUUAGAACCUAGCAAAAGACAAUCAUUCGACUCUACAUCAAUUAACUCUAAUAUUAAAAACCAAAACACUGUAUAUAAUCGUGCUAUAGUAAUGACCAUGCUGGAAUUUGCAGCUGCAAUGAUGAGAAAACUGCAAGAUUUUAAUCGUGGUUCAUUCCAAAGUUUCGAAGGGUUAAAUUUGAGAAUAGGUAUUUCCAAUGGAGAAGUAGCAGCAGGUGUAGUAGGAUCUUCUAAACCAUUGUACGAUAUAUGGGGUCAUGCUGUCAAUAUGGCAUCUAGAAUGGAUUCCACUGGAGAAACGGGCAAAAUACAAGUUACCGAAAAUACAGCAUUACUGUUAGAAGAUUGUGGUAUUUUAACGACAUAUCGAGGGGAAACGUUAGUAAAAGGAGCCGGUUAUAUAAAAACUUAUUUCGUCCCCCUCGACGAACAAUUGAACCCUGUGAGGAUGGAAAAAAGCCAUGACUACUACCAACGUAUAGAACAGAAAAAUCAAUUCGACAUUCGGAAUAGCAUAAAUAGCUAUAGUUCGUCUGAAUAUGCAGUUUCCGACACACAAUUGCAACAAGAACCUAUUGAACCGGGAUCUGACACUGACGAUUCAAGUAGCUCUAUCAAAUCAGAAGAUAGUAUAAAAGAUAUUCAGAAUUGUAGUGAUGGUGAGCAUUGUGUUACGUCACGAAACUCUGAAAAUACAAACAGCACUACUACUAUUGGUGAUAUCAUGAGAAGUAGUAAGAACUUUCAGAGCGAUGGAGGCGACGAUGAGAAUUGUAAUAACGAUGUAAAUAUUGUUAUUAUUGAUAAUCAUGAUAUAAGAAUUGUGGCGCCUCCUGAAGUCAAUACGACAUCAUUAUCACACAGUGUAAUAUCCAUGCCAGAAGAUGUAUUCACAUCUGAUCAAAAUGCAACUAGUUAUAGCUCAGAGAAAACCGAUUUAUGAUAAUGACUGAAAUUCAUCACAUUAUACAUUUUAUAUAAUAACCCAUAAAAUGUACUCGUAACUGUACUUGGAUCACUUCUAGUAUUUAUGAUUGAAGAUGAAACUGCAUAUAAUUCUUAUGCAACUAAAUGGAAAGUCAUGAUUUUAUAGCAUAUAUUAAGUAUUACUAACUCUAAUACAAAAACAAUAAUCUCUUCUAUUUUAAGUAUACCAGACAUAAAAGUUAUCCUGCAGAAGGCAUUCAGCAGCACAGAUUGCUUAGUAUAUGCCAAUGCACCUAAUAUAGUAGAA